CCAUUAGAGUGCAAUGCUGUCGUUGUGUUGUUACUAUGUUAAAACUGUUUGGUGGUUUAAAGAAUAAAUUAUUGAACAAAAAUACAACGUAUAACAUUAAAUAAUUAAAUAUUGCAGAUUGUAAUAUCUUUUUUAAAAUUUGACAAUUAGAAUAUUACAAGGAUGGAGAAAUUCUUACAAAAUAUAGGCGUAGGGUUAAGAUCUAUUGAUGAUCCAUUUUUCGAAGAUUCAUACAGAAUUUGCAAGAUUUUUCAACGAAAAGGUGUUACUGUUGAGGAUGAUGAAGAACUAUGUCAUGAUAUUAUAAAAGAAUUCUCUUGUUACAUUACUGGUUGUAAAGCAACAUUCAAUAAAUUAAUUGAUUUUGAGAUGCACUACAAUAGCAAUCAUCGAUAUGUUUGUGCAGAAUGCAACAAAUGUCUACCAAAUCCUAGAUUCUUAGAUAUUCAUAUUCAAGAAACCCAUGAUAGCUUUUUCCAAGUUUUAUCAACGAAACAGCCAAUGUAUCAAUGUUAUGUUUCUGAGUGUGAUUUAAAAUUUAAUACUUCAUUUGAAAGAAGAGAUCAUUGUGUUAGCGUGCACAAAUAUCCAAAGAAUUUUAGAUUUGAUAAUACUCCACAUUGCGUAAGAGAUAAAUCAAAAGAUAAAAUGGAUAUUGAUGAACCAGAGCCAAAGCGGAAGGAAUCCAAGUCAAGAAAAAUACAGUUAAAUAAAAAUCAAAAAUCUAAAAUGUUUAUAGCUACAGCAAAAACUACAACCUCGACAAAUGUCAUUAUCUGUGAAAGUCAAUUAAACGCUUCAAAUAAUAAUGCAGGAGCUACUUCGCUACUUUUUAUCCCUAGUUCUCCAAAUAUGUAUCAAUUAUACAUUACUACACGUGGCAGUCACAAAAAUGAAAUGUGUAGCGGUUAAAUAGAGAUUCACGUGCUCGAAUUAAUGAUAACAAUCGUUUGAAAACGUGGGAAACUAACGGGAAGCGAGUGUAACAAAUUAUAUCUCGAUAUUUUGAGGAGUAAGAAUAUUACGUUAAUGAAGUCAAAACAUUAAUUUGUAGUUAAAUAACAUUUGUUAUUUCGACGUGUUCCAAGAUAAAUCAGCCAAUAUUUACAUUAUACGAAAUCGAAGUAUAAUUUGUCUAACGAGGAAUACAGUUAAUUUGACGAGAAAUCGAAAUAUAGACAACGUGUCGUCGAAUAGACAUUAGUGUAUCCGUUAAUUACGAAAGUUUGGAAUUCUUUUAUGUUUAUCAAUUAACAUAGAACAUGUGUCUUACUUAAUAGUUAAUCCGAGGUCACGCACCGGUCACUAAUGUAUCACAACAAUAUCACUCUAUCGUAGUUCCAAAUCGUGCACGUUUUCUUGAAGAUCUUCACGCAGUAAUUAUUCGAAACUAAAAUAGUUUUUUAACGAAUUUCCAGAAUCGAUUUUUUGGUAAAAUGUGCUCUCACGACGGUUCUUCAAAACCGUUUAGAACGAGAGGGGGUGCAGUUUCGCUUAUAUAGUGCCCAACCCUUGUAAGAACUUGGGGUAGGAGAGAAUCCCUUAGAAAAUGGUAGGGAACGACAAUCCUGAUGACCACAAUGCUGGGGUCUGACUGGCACGCGUUCGCCACUACCUAAUCCCGAAAUGUUUAUAGGACGACACGUUCACAUGAUUACGACUACGUAAUCGCGUACGUAAGAAAAUGAGUUGGGUUAUCUAUGAUCGAGUAAUUGAUUGUAUAUGUAUUUUGUUGGGUUUAUAUAGUAUAUCUUGUAAUAAAAGGAUCUUACAAGGGAAUUUAUUUUUA